AUGACUUUUCUACUCAAAACCCCCUCUCUGUAAAUUUCUCUUGAUCUAUACUAUUCACAAUCAAUGUUGAAAAAUAAACAGAAACCCAACUCUUCAAUCCUGCAAAUCAGGAGCCUAAACAUGUUCAUGGAUUCCUCAAGAAACUCCAUAAUCGCAAACCUUGCAAUCUUUUCUCUUCUCUUUGCAGGCCUUCUCUAUAUUUGUCUCUGGUCAACACCUUCUUCAACCCUCUUGAUCUCCUCUCUCCACCACUCCAACAACAAAUGUCGCACAUCGGAAUUUAGGAAUAUUAAGUUCCCGAUCGACGAGCUUGAAAUGGUGUUGGAGAAGGCGGCGACGCCAAACAAGACGGUGGUGAUCGCGGUGGUUAACAAGGCUUACGUGGAACAGGGGAUUAAUUCGGAGACGACAAUGUUUGAUCUUUUUAUUGAGAGCUUUUGGGUUGGGGAAGAAACUAGGCCGUUGAUUAAGCAUCUUCUGGUGGUGGCGGCCGAUCAGACGGCGUACGAGAGGUGCAUGUUUAAGAGAUUGAAUUGUUAUAAGUUGACAACGGACGGUGUUGAUUUUGGGAGAGAAGCGCUUUACAUGUCACCGGCGUUCAUCAAGAUGAUGUGGAGGAGGACUCUGCUUCUAUUAGAUGUUCUCAAACAUGGAUACAACUUUAUCUUCACGGACACAGAUGUAAUGUGGUUAAGGAACCCAUUCCCAAGACUAAGCAAAAAUGGAACUGAUGAUCUUCAAAUAAGCACAGAUGUCUUCUUUGGAAACAAUAUAGAUGAUGGAAAGCAGUUGAUCAACACAGGCUUCUACUUCAUGAGAUCAAACAACAAGACCAUUGCUCUGUUAGACAAAUGGUAUGGAAUGAAAGACAACUCCACAGGCAAGAAAGAACAAGACGUCCUCUUGGACCUAUUGAGAGGAGGCUUUUUUAAGCAAUUGGGACUUCAGACUCUCUUCCUGGACACCCAAUAUUUCAGUGGGUUUUGCCAAGAUAGCAAGGACGUCCGGGCCGUGGUGACGGUCCACGCUAAUUGUUGCCGGAGUAUCAAGGCGAAGGUCCAGGAUCUUUCGGCGGUCCUCCGUGAUUGGAAGCGGUUCAAGGCGGUAGCGGCUGCUGAGAAAUCAAAAUUGUCAGCAAUUGCAAGGACAUUUCAGUGGACCGGACAUUUUGGAUGUUGGAAUUCUUGGGGGCCAAGCAACAACACUAAUUGAGCGAUGGGCUCUUUGUUGGACCCAAGUUCUUUUUUUCUUUUUCCUCGAUUCUUAUGUACCUAGAUUGAUUAUUACAGUUCAAAAAGAGAGAAUAAAAUUAUAAAAAAGGAUACUUCUGAUAGAAGGUGUUAUAGGUGGGUGGGGUGAAAAUAUAUAUUGAAAAAUGUCUGAAACUCUCAAUUUAUGAUUUCUAUUUUACCGUC